GUCAUCAGGAAGGUUCUCUCUCAGUACAACGGAUAAUCUCAAUGACUUGAGUUCUGGUUGUGAAUUCAGGCUACAAGGGGUCAGUGCUCUGAAAUGAGUCUCUCUGGGGAGAAAGAGGAGGGGGUCCCUGUCUCUAAAAUGAGUCUCUCUGGGGAGAAAGAGGAGGGGGUCCCUGCCUCUAAAAUGAGUCUCUCUGGGGAGAAAGAGGAGGGGGUCCCUGUCUCUAAAAUGAGUCUCUCUGGAGAACAUGACACCAAAGCUAAGAGCCCAAUCAAGCAGGAGAGACCAGCCUCCCCUGUACCCAGCUGUCUGUCCAUGAAGAGUGACCAGUCUAUGGAUAAAAUUAUAGACUUCAGAGAGGGAGAUUAUUCUACUGAACAAAGCCCAAUCAAGCAGGAGAGACCAGCCUCCCCUGUACCCAGCUGUCUGUCCAUGAAGAGUGACCGGUCUAUGGAUAAAAUGAUAGACUUCAGAGAGGGAGAUUAUUCUACUGAACAAAGAACAGAACAGGAGACAACAGAGUCAGAGAUUCUCAGUGGUCAGUCUUCCCAGAGUCAUCAAACAGACCUGGCCUCUAUAUUCAGUUUGCUUGAAGAGAAUUGUAUGACAUUUGUGAACAACGAGCUGAAGAGGUACAAGAGGAUUCUUAGUCCAGAACUCCCAGAAGGCUUUGAGAGUCAGAAGCAGGAUAAGGAAGUGGUGGAUGCUGAAGAUGAGAAGCAGGAGAGCAGUGCCAGAGAGGGAGCUCUGAAGAUCACACUGCACGUCCUGAGGAAAAUGAACCAGAAGGAGCUUGCUGACACACUGGAGAAAAAUGAGCUUGCUGUGAUUUGCCAACGUGAACUCAAAUCUAAUCUAGAGAAGAAGUUUCAAUGUGUAUUUGAGGGGAUCGCUAAACAAGGAAACCCAACACUUCUCAAUAAGAUCUACACAGAGCUCUACAUCACAGAGGGUGGAACAGGAGAGGUCAAUAAUGAACAUGAGCUGAGACAGAUUGAGACAACAACCAGGAAACAAGCAAGACCAGAGACUGCAAUCAAAUGUAAUGACAUCUUCAAACCCUUAACUGGACAAGACAAACUUAUCAGAACUGUGCUGACAAAGGGAGUCGCUGGCAUUGGAAAAACAGUCUCUGUGCAGAAGUUCAUUCUGGACUGGGCUGAAGGAAAAGCAAAUCAGGACGUCCAAUUUGUAUUUUCAUUCCCUUUUCGGGAGCUGAAUUUGAUGAAAGAGGACAAACACACUUUGAUUGAACUUCUCAAUCACUUCUCAAUGGAAACCAAACAAUCAAGAAUCUCCAACUACGACAAGUACAAAGUUCUGUUCAUCUUUGAUGGUCUGGAUGAGUGCCGACUGCCCCUAGACUUCCAGAACAACAAGAUCUGUUGGGACGUCACAGAGUCAACCUCAGUGGAUGUUCUGCUGACAAAUCUCAUCAAGGGAAAUCUGCUUCCCUCUGCUCUCCUCUGGAUAACUACUCGACCUGCAGCAGCCAAUCAGAUCCCCCCUGAGUGUGUUGACCAGGUGACAGAGGUACGAGGGUUCAAUGACCCACAGAAGGAGGAGUACUUCAGGAGAAGAUUCAGUGAUGAGGACCUGGCCAGCAGAAUCAUCUCACACAUAAAGACAUCAAAGAGCCUCCACAUCAUGUGCCACAUUCCAGUCUUCUGUUGGAUUUCUGCAACAGUCCUUGAAGACAUACUGAAACAUAAGAGAGAAGAGAUGCCCAAGACUCUGACUGAGAUGUACACACACCUUGUGGUGUUUCAUACCAAACAGAAGAAUGAAAAGUAUCUUGGGAAAGAAGAGAGGGGUCCAGACUGGAAUAAAGAGAGCAUUUUGUCACUGGGAAAAAUGGCUUUUCAACAGCUUGUGAAGGGCAAUCUGAUUUUCUAUGAAGAAGACCUGAAAGAGUCUGGCAUUGAUGUCAAUGAAGCCUCAGUGUACUCAGGAUUGUGCACACAGCUCUUUAAAGAGGAAUGUGGGCUGUACCAGGACAAGGUGUACUGCUUCGUGCAUCUGAGCAUUCAGGAGUUUCUGGCUGCUGUAUAUGUGUUCCUCUCAUUCAGCAACAACAAUGACAAUCUAAUGGCCGAACCUCAAACAACAUCCAGCAACGAUUGUCUACUGAAGACAGAAGUUACUGUCUACAAGAGCGCUGUGGAUAAAGCCUUACAAAGUGAGACGGGAAACCUGGACCUUUUCCUCCGCUUCCUUCUGGGCCUCUCACUGGAGUCCAAUCAGAAGCACUUACGAGGUCUACUGACAACGAUAGGAAGCAGUUCACAGAGCCAUGAAGAAACAGUCAAGUACAUCAAGGAGAAGAUCAGGGAGAAUCCCUCUCCAGAGAGGAGCAUCAAUCUGUUCCACUGUCUGAAUGAACUGAAUGACCAUUCUCUAGUGGAGGAGAUCCAAAGAUACCUGAGAUCAGGAAGUGUCUCCAGUGAUGAACUCUUACCUUCACAGUGGUCAGCUCUGGUCUUUGUGUUGCUGACUUCAGAAAAGGAGCUGGAUGUGUUUGACCUGAAGAAAUACUCCAGAUCAGAGGAAGGUCUUCUGAGGCUGCUGCCAGUGGUCAAAGUCUCCAGAGCUGCUCUGCUGUCAGGCUGUGGAGUCACAGAGGAAGGCUGUGCUUCUCUGGUCUCAGCUCUGAAGUCAAACCCCUCACACCUGAGAGAGCUGGAUCUGAGUAACAAUGACCUGAAGGAUUCAGGAGUGAAGCUGCUCUCUGCUGGACUGGGGAAUCCCCACUGUAAACUGGAGACUCUGAGGCUGUCAGGCUGUCUAGUCACAGAGGAAGGCUGUGCUUCUCUGGUCUCAGCUCUGAAGUCAAACUCCUCACACCUGAGAGAGCUGGAUCUGAGUAACAAUGACCUGAAGGAUUCAGGAGUGGAGCUGCUCUCUGCUGGACUGGGGAAUCCCUACUGUAAACUGGAGACUCUGAGGCUGUCAGGCUGUCUAGUCACAGAGGAAGGAUGUGCUUCUCUGGUCUCAGCACUGAGGUCAAACCCCUCACACCUGAGAGAGCUGGACCUGAGCUACAAUCACCCAGGAGACUCAGGAGUCAGACUGCUCUCUGCUGGACUGGAGGAUCCACACUGCAGACUGGAGAAACUCAAGCUGUCAGGCUGUGGAGUCACAGAGGAAGGCUGUGCUUCUCUGGUCUCAGCUCUGAAGUCAAACCCCUCACACCUGAGAGAGCUGGAUCUGAGUAACAAUGACCUGAAGGAUUCAGGAGUGAAGCUGCUCUCUGCUGGACUGGGGAAUCCCCACUGUAAACUGGAGACUCUGAGGCUGUCAGGCUGUCUAGUCACAGAGGAAGGUUGUGCUUCUCUGGUCUCAGCUUUGAGGUCAAACCCCUCACACCUGAGAGAGCUGGACCUGAGCUACAAUCACCCAGGAGACUCAGGAGUCAGACUGCUCUCUGCUGGACUGGAGGAUCCACACUGCAGACUGGAGAAACUCAAUGUGGAACAUGGUGGAGAGUACACAAUGAAACCUGGGCUUAGAAAAUAUGCCUGUGAUCUCACUCUGGACCCAAACACAGCACACAGACUCCUCUCUCUGACUGAGGAGAACAGAAAGGUGACACGUAGCAGGGAGACACAACCGUAUCCUGAUCACCAGGAGAGAUUUGAGGUCUGGCAGCAAGUGCUGUGUAGAGAUGGUCUGACUGGGCGCUGUUACUGGGAGGUAGAGGGGAGUGGGGGAUUGGCUGACAUUGGAGUGACAUAUAAAGGAAUCAGCAGGAGAGGAAGGGGUAAUGACUGUGUUAUUGGAUCCAAUGACAAGUCCUGGAGUCUGUUCUUUUCUGACAAAAGUUACAAUGCCAGGCACAAUAAUGUUCACAUUACCUUAGACGUCCCCUCCUCCAGAUCCCACAGAGUAGGAGUGUAUCUGGACUGGCCAGCCGGCACUCUGUCCUUCUACAGAGUCUCCUCUGACACACUUACCCACCUGUACACAUUCCACACCACAUUCACUGAGCCCCUCUAUCCAGGGUUUAGGGUUUAUGAUGUUGACUCCUCAGUGUCCCUGUGUCAGGUGGUCACAUGAUGUUUCACUCUAAUCAUGUGUUUUAUGUUUGAUCACAAUAUGACAUUUAAAUACAUGGAGGAACACACACACCAGUUUGGAUCAAUUUAUUCCUGGAAAUAAUAACCAUGGUAACUCUGUGUCAAUGGACACACACACUCGCACACUGGACACACAAUAACACACACUGGACAAACUGGACACACAAUAACACACACUGGAUAUAUAUAGAUAUAACAGAAGCUAAUAGAACCAGGACACUUUGUCACAAGAUAUAACAGAAGCUAAUAGAACCAGGACACUCUGUCACAAGAUAUAACAGAAGCCAAUAGAACCAGGACACUCUGUCACAAUAUAUAACAGAAGCUAAUAGAACCAGGACACUCUGUCACAAGAUAUAACAGAAGCACUUUGUCACAAGAUAUAACAGAAGCUAAUAGAACCAGGACACUCUGUCACAAGAUAUAACAGAAGCACUUUGUCACAAGAUAUAACAGAAGCUAAUAGAACCAGGACACUAUGUCACAAGAUAUAACAGAAGCUAAUAGAACCAGGACACUUUGUCACAAGAUAUAACAGAAGCUAAUAGAACCAGGACACUUUGUCACAAGAUAUAACAGAAGCCAAUAGAACCAGGACACUCUGUCACAAGAUAUAACAGAAGCCAAUAGAUCCAGGACACUUUGUCACAAGAUAUAACAGAAGCUAAUAGAACCAGGACACUCUGUCACAAGAUAUAACAGAAGCCAAUAGAACCAGGACACUCUGUCACAAGAUAUAACAGAAGCACUUUGUCACAAGAUAUAACAGAAGCACUUUGUCACAAGAUAUAACAGAAGCCAAUAGAUCCAGGACACUCUGUCACAAGAUAUAACAGAAGCUAAUAGAACCAGGACACUAUGUCACAAGAUAUAACAGAUACUACGAAGCCUGAUUUCAGUCUGAACUCAUCUUUAACCAAAUGUGUAGCAGAAGUUUGUAAUUGUACGGCAGAAUAGCUGUGCACAUAAUCCUUAAACCUCUUCAUGGACUACAGUUGAACAUUGUCUUGUUUUAGGGUGUGAACUGGUAUGGUCUGAUUUGAAUUACAGCAGUUAUUUUAACAAUGCUGGUUAUAAAUAUUGUUGACCUUCAUCCAAGGAGACCUUGACUUGCAUUACACUCGCUGCAGAAAAACAUUUUCAUGAAAUGAUGUGACUUCUAGUUAGAGAAAAUGAUUCCUAUAAACGUACCCUGAUACAAGCAAGAAACAAGUUCUGGAUGAAACAGAAUGUGACAUAUCUGUUUGAUAGUUCACACAUUCAUCAGUCAGGGUCACUAUCUUGUCAUGUUUUUGACUAACCACAGUGGAACAUUCUAGUCUUUAAGGACAUUAACUGGCAGAACAGGUUUCAGCAAAGUAUGGAGUCAUUGUUUUCAGGAAGGUGUGCCCAUGGUCUUUGUACUGCAGUACAAAGGCAAAGAGCAGUUUACGUAAACAGCCAAUCUGAUAAAAACUGCAUUAAAGUUAGUUUUUUUUGGUCCAUGCAUAUCAACCAUGACCACUGAUCUGACCUAUGACCCCUAAAAUGCUGAUACUGCACUCUGCCUUUGUAUGAAUGUAAACAGCUGUAUGGGGUAAUACAAGAGCAAAGAAAUGUAAACAGCUGUAUGGGGUAAUACAAGAGCAAAGAAAUGUAAACAGCUGUAUGGGGUAAUACAAGAGCAGAGUAUCUAGAAAUGUAAACAGCUGUAUGGGGUAAUACAAGAGCAGAGUAUCUAGAAAUGUAAACAGCUGUAUGGGGUAAUACAAGAGCAGAGUAGAGUAUCUAGAAAUGUAAACAGCUGUAUGGGGUAAUACAAGAGCAGAGUAGAGUAUCUAGAAAUGUAAACAGCUGUAUGGGGUAAUACAAGAGCAGAGUAGAGUAUCUAGAAAUGUAAACAGCUGUAUGGGGUAAUACAAGAGCAGAGUAGAGUAUCUAGAAAUGUAAACAGCUGUAUGGGGUAAUACAAGAGCAGAGUAGAGUAUCUAGAAAUGUAAACAGCUGUAUGGGGUAAUACAAGAGCAGAGUAGAGUAUCUAGAAAUGUAAACAGCUGUAUGGGGUAAUACAAGAGCAGAGUAGAGUAUCUAGAAAUGUAAACAGCUGUAUGGGGUAAUACAAGAGCAGAGUAGAGUAUCUAGAAAUGUAAACAGCUGUAUGGGGUAAUACAAGGGCAGAGUAGAGUAUCUAGAAAUGUAAACAGCUGUAUGGGGUAAUACAAGAGCAGAGUAGAGUAUCUAGAAAUGUAAACAGCUGUAUGGGGUAAUACAAGAGCAGAGUAGAGUAUCUAGAAAUGUAAACAGCUGUAUGGGGUAAUACAAGAGCAGAGUAGAGUAUCUAGAAAUGUAAACAGCUGUAUGGGGUAAUACAAGAGCAGAGUAGAGUAUCUAGAAAUGUAAACAGCUGUAUGGGGUAAUACAAGAGCAGAGUAGAGUAUCUAGAAAUGUAAACAGCUGUAUGGGGUAAUACAAGAGCAGAGUAGAGUAUCUAGAAAUGUACAUGUGUUGAUCCAACAUUCUGUUGUUUUUCUGUUUGAUGGAAACAGUUUGAGUUCUAACUACAUUCCAACUGUAUUAAUGGUGUUUUGUAGUUGUGUUUUCAUGUUUUGACUGAUGUAUUGUAGUAUCCCUCAACUGUAUUAAUGGUGUUUUGUAGUUGUGUUCUCAUGUUUUGACUGAUGUAUUGUAGUAACCCUCAAGCUGUUUUUAGCCAUAAGGUUAUUUAAUCACGGAGAAUGUUCAUACUUAAUAAAUAUUUGAUUUUGUAUUACUAUCAA